UGGGAAGUCUGUAGAAUUCUAAUUAUGGGCCAGACCUGGUGGCACAUGCCUGUGAUCCCAGAUCCUUGUGAGCUGCCACUGGAGCUGCCACCAGCCCAACCCAGGUUCCCUGCAAGAUUAACUGAGCCUUCUUUCCAUCCCCACAGAACUUUAGUUAAGACAGCUAAAGUGUUUAUUGAAGACGGUGUCUCGAAUGAUGUAGUUGGUGUGUUCAAGGCAUGUGGAAUUGAUUGGUGGGAAGCCCUCUUGCUGGCCUUGGUGUUGUGUGAUAGCACACAUAGACGACAUCCAAGAGAGGCCGGACAGCUUGGUUAGCAUCAACAGCAGUGGUAGAGCACUUGAUUGGCAGGUUGCCGCUGGUGGGAAGCAUGUUCAGUAUCAACCCCCUGGAGAACCUGAAGCUGUACAUCAGCAGCCGGCCACCCUUGGUGGUUUUUAUGAUCAGUGUCAGCGCCAUGGCCAUCGCCUUCCUCACCCUGGGCUACUUUUUCAAGAUCAAGGAGAUUAAGUCCCCAGAAAUGGCUGAGGAUUGGAAUACUUUCCUGCUCCGGUUUAAUGAUUUGGACUUGUGUGUAUCAGAAAACGAGACACUGAAGCAUCUCUCCAACGAUACCACGACACCAGAGAGCACCAUGACCGUCGGGCAGGCCAGAUCGUCUACCCAGCCGCCCCAGUCCCUGGAGGAGUCAGGCCCCAUCAAUAUUUCAGUGGCCAUUACCUUGACCUUGGACCCUCUCAAGCCCUUUGGAGGGUACUCUCGAAAUGUUACACACCUGUACUCCACCAUCCUCGGGCAUCAGAUUGGAUUGUCAGGCAGGGAAGCCCACGAGGAGAUCAACAUCACCUUCACCCUGCCUGCUGCCUGGAACGCCGAUGACUGUGCCCUCCAUGGCCACUGUGAGCAGGUGGUGUUCACAGCAUGCAUGACCCUCACAGCUGCCCCUGGAGUCUUCCCUGUCACCGUUCAACCACCUCACUGUAUCCCCGACACAUACAGCAACGCCACGCUCUGGUACAAGAUCUUCACAACUGCCAGAGAUGCCAACACGAAAUAUGCUCAAGACUACAAUCCUUUCUGGUGUUAUAAGGGUGCCAUUGGGAAAGUCUACCAUGCUUUAAAUCCCAAACUCACCGUUAUUGUUCCAGAUGACGACCGCUCAUUAAUAAACCUGCAUCUCAUGCACACCAGUUACUUCCUUUUCGUGAUGGUGAUAACGAUGUUCUGCUAUGCAGUCAUCAAAGGCAGACCCAGCAAACUGCGGCAGAGCAAUCCUGAAUUUUGCCCUGAGAAGGUGGCUCUGGCUGAUGCCUAAUCCCACAGCUCCCCAUUUUCUGAGAGACCAAGAACCAUGAUCAUUGCCUGCUGAAUCGCCCAGGGCCUGGCCACUCUGUGAAUACACGAUCUUGCAAUGUUGGGUUAUUCCAGCCAAAGACAUUUCAAGUGCCUGUAACUGAUUUGUACAUAUUUAUAAACAUUGAUCUGGAAAUUGGUCCUGUGAUGCACGUGCUUUGCCCUGGAUGCACCUGAACUCGUCCCCCUCAUUGAGGGGCAGGAGGGCAUGGACAUGGGGUUCUUCCACGGAGAGCCGGGGGCUGUGGGGACCUUGCCAGAGCUGAGCUGAGCAGGUCGUGUUCCAGCGCCCGUGGGGCCGAGGUUUGCUGUGGUUCUUGUUGCAGACUGGCGUGGUGAGUGUUGGAAGCUGUUUGCACCUUUGUCAGGACACUGCGUUUCAGAAGCCACUCUUCCCUCCGGUGGCUUCUACAUGUCGGUGGCUGGCGUACCAUAUAGUAACAGCAGUGAUUCUGUCUCAGUAUGCUUGCAAGGAAACUUUCCUUUAAAGAGGAAAAAGUGACAAUUUACUACUGCCCUAGUUAGGACAGACAUGCUUGUCUCUCUUAGGUAAAAGGUCAGGCCCCCAAGUCAUUUCUGUAGUGAAGAGCAGAGUUCCUUCCGUGUCUACACUGGCAGCUAGGCACUGGGGUGCUCUGCUCCCGUUAGCUCCUGGGAGGGGCGCUCUCCUGGCUUGAGAAGUAGCUGUGUAGUGAAGGCACAGGGUUGUGUGUGUGACUGACUUCACGCGGCAGAAGAGAUGUUGCUCUAAUGCUCAGAAACACGGCUUGCUCUUUUUUUUUUUUUUUUAGAGAGGAGAUACAUUUUCUUUUAAAAUUUUUUUUUUUUUUUUUGCAUUUAUUUUUAUAUAUCACACAUCUCCAGGAGACUGCCCAUUAUAGGUAUGUAAUGUGCAACUGACGCUGGGGAGAUCUGAAGGAAGAAGGCAUGAGGCACUCUCUGAUGCUUGCUAGUCAAAACUGGAAGCAUUUUCCUUAGGACAGGUGUGACCUUCUGGUUCCUCUGUCCCAUUGCCCUCUCCGUAUUCCAUUUAGAAAAGUCAUUCAUGAUCCCUUCCACCCGCUAUUUGUAUUUUCAGUGUUUUUCUAUCAGCGCCUUGCCUUAACAAUCCCCAUACAGUGUUCUCUCAAGCAGUGUUCCAGACUUGUUGGGUGUGAGGAUGAAUGCAUGUAAGAGCAGCCCUUUGGAGGCUGAGGCAGGAGAAUCUCAAGUUCAAGGCCAGCCUGGGCCACAUACUGAUACCCUGUCUCUCAAAGGGAGAAAAAUUACUUAGGUAUGUCAGCACUUUUGUCCUGUAACUGUAGAUCUGUCUCAAUUGAAGUUAACUCACUAUAUUCUGAAACUUACUGGCCUAGAGAAUUUUAUCCCAGGCAUUCUUAGAUGGAAAACAAUACUUUUGUUUUUUCUUCUAAAUUGAAGCUUGUUAAAAUAAUCACUGUAGUUAUGUGGUACACUAGUAUUUCUUAAAGCAGAGGUGAGUUGCUUAUAAGGUGGGUAAUAUGUGAAUUUAAUCUAGUCUUCUCUGAGACUUUGAGACCCUUGGCUUGGCUGGUAUACGUGUGUCAUCCGGAGCACCAAGCUUCAGAUUAAGCUGUUACUGAGUAAUAAGACCCAGUAGAGUGAGACACGAGAAGAAUCGUGUUCACUGGUCUGUCGGCCGCUGUGUUCCUCGUAGUCAUCCUUGUGUUAUUAACAGGCAGUGGCUGGGAUCUGUAGAGGGUGGGAAGGAGGAACACCACAAGAUCUAGGGAGAGGAAGUCCCCAAAAUGCUUGGGACGUGACCCAUCCUGAGGCCAGAUACAUACUUUAAAACUCAAAUAUUCACCAUAUCAGGUAGACAGAUGGAGGAUGGCUGGGGAAGGAUGGCUGAAGUUUAGGGGACUGCAGACACAUCUGGGCCUGGUCCUCAGCUGUUCCUUGCUGGUAUACCUCAGAAGUGGAAUGUCAGAGUGGGUUACUAGAGACCUCUGACCCCAGCAGCACUGGCUUGCCCUCAGAUGUGGGGUGUAGUCACAAGGCAGUGACUUCCUGGGAAAUGCUUGUUUCAGAUCAUAUUGAUCUCUUUCCUUUUGUCUCUCACCGUAUGGUAUGACUUGAAUCAGUUUUGAUUCUAUGUGUAAGUUCUCAUCGUUUGGAACCUGGUAUUUCUGUUGUGUUCUUGGCAGUGCAUAGGAACCCAGCCUCCUGUGUUUUGACCCUCCUGCAGGCACUGUGGGACUCAAGGGCAGCAGAUCCAUCUCCCGUCCCUUGCUGCAUGAUGGUCACUAGCUGAUCUGUGAUGGCGUCCCUUCCCCCAUUGAUUUUCUGUGUUUGAAGUAUGUGCAUAUGUGCUUUACAGAAUAAAACAUCUGGAUUUAC